AUGUCAUCUGGAUCCCUAGGACAUCGGGUGAAACAGAAUCUAGAGUACCACAAUUUAUGGUCAGACGUACAGACUUUCGUCAUUGGUUCUGGUCCAUCAAUUGUUGACAUAUUGUAUGCGGCACCACCAAACAAUCCAUCCACUACCAAUCCCACAGAUUUAGAGUUGGACGGUGGCAAACAAUGGAUUAUUCCACAGGCAGUUGAUUCCCAAAAAAAUCUUUCGGUCAAGCAGAUAAAUACUUGGUUUGUAGAGAUUGGUAAAAUCUCGGGUCAGAGACCUAAGAGUAUUCUCAUUGCCCUUGUUAAUGAUGAUUCUACGGUGGUGUACUAUAAAAUUCACGAUGGAGUAGCUACCCCAAAACAGUAA